CUAUCCAGAGAAUGGCAUUUGACGCAGCCCCUCGGGAUUCAGUCUCACCAAAGGAAGCAGAUAACCGGACUGCUUCAUCCUCCCUCGUACACGAAGGUCUUCCCGUGGUCAUUAAGAAGUACAGCUGUAUGUAUACUUCUGACGUUUACAAGAACAAAAAAGUAUGGCAUGAUGGUGAGGUCCGCUUGCAUCACGUGAACUCGAAAGCAUACCUUUAUUCUGAUCGUUCCGACCGCUUAGCUGAAACUUUUGUGAAGGCUGCUUCGCGACGGUCGCGGUUAACGAGCCAACCAAAUGCUGGGCCUUCUUGCCAACUUCCUGACACGUUUGCGCUUACGGAGGAUGAUGAAAUCGAAUUCAAUCAGGUUGAAGACGAUCACCAGCUCAGGGCUAGUUGCUACCUAGCCCAGAUCGUCAAUCUUAUAGAAGUUGGGUACAAGGUUCUUCCAGUGGCAACGCCUAUCAAUCCACAGGCCCGCCAGGAAAGUAGCAAACGCAAGAUGGAAUUUCUGGAUGAACACAUCAAGCAAUCUGUCAAGUCUAAGCGUCCUCAUCCCUCCAAUGCGUCGACUAGCAAGCCUGUGCCACAGAUAACACCCGCGCGAUCUCGUCCACAUAACGAUACUCACACCAGUCCACUGAAGGCCAUAGAUUCUCUACGUAAGCGCAUGAUCACACCGUUGCAGGCUAUGCCACUUCAAAACGCCUUGCUCGCCCAACCUUUUCAUAGCCCCUUACGAAAUCGGUCUGCUGCGCCAUCUGAACUCGAUUCAUGCCCUUCUCAUGACACCCCAUCUCGAAAUCCAUUUCGACCUCGUCCCCAAAUCGACCAGCCGAUUUCCCCUCACGGUAGUCGAGUUAGCAACUUAAAGACACUAGAUAUGGAGUGGGACUCCUUCUGUGAUGCUUCUGAUGAACCAGAUCAAACUUGAUCAAGCGAUAGGACCUCUGUCAUACUCUUGUCCAAGCAGAGCUUACCUGUAUUUCUUGAGGAGGCGAAAUGUUCAUAGCUGGAAGCCGAGCUGUAUUAAUUGCCUUCUGUGGAUGAUGCAAAGACUUUGGAAGUGAGCUUGUCUGGAUUUGAUACAAUGUCUAGCAAUGCUUUACACCUCCAGAACUCAUCAAAUGUAAUCUUGCGUUGAUUUGACAAUGUAUGAAAACAUGGCCACACAAUUGGACCAUUGUAUAUAUGAUCGACGAG